CGUUUGGACCACGGACUCGAUAAUUCAUUCCUCGAAGGAUUCAAUGAUUUUCACGAUUCCCAUAUUCUAGCAUAACCAUUGCCGAGCUUUAAACAGGCAUUAUGCUACGAAUAUGCGAAUUCGUAAGUUCAACGCGAUCCUCGAAUCAUCUUCGUUCAUUAUUAGUGUAAACGAUGUUUAUAAAAAUGCGCCUGGUAGACUGACGGAGUUUCUGCUUGAACCUUCUACAUAUACAGAAUGUCGUCGAACUUGGGGUUAUCGUUAGAGCGAUGCAACUUCUUUUUAAUUUCUCGUACAAUCAUAUCGCGACAGAAAGUGGGAACCUAGCGAGCAGUUUACAUCUUGGUGAUUGCUACACCGAUCCGUGGAUCAAUAAUUAAAUCCCAGAAGCAACGAAAAUUUUGGUGAAAAUGCGCGUUGCAAUAAUUGGCGCCGGUGUAAUUGGGAUGACGAGCGCUUUAGCGGUGAAGAACUCUUUUCCAUUGUUCGAGGUGCACUUAUUCGCGAACGAAUUUUCACCUGACACCACCGGCGACGGAAGUGCUGGACUUUGGAGUCCAUACCUCCUUGGAAACACCCCUCCUGAGAGAAUACUAAAAUGGGGAGGAGCUACGCUCCGGUGGUUGGAAAAAUUAUGGAAAGAGGGUUUGGCCCGCGAAGCUGGAAUCUCCUUGAUACCUGUUUAUCGUUGUACCAGCGAUCCCAAAGGAUUUUCCGAUUCUAGCUGGACGAAAUUGGUAUACGGUGCGCACCGAUUGACAGCCAAACAGUUGAAGAGAUUAAACGAGGAAAACAAGUCGAAUUACAAAGACUGUUGGAUGUUCUCGACCUACACGAGCGAGCCUGUUCUUUUGUUACCUUGGCUAAGGGAACAAUUUUUGAAAGCUGGUGGAAAGGUUCGAAGAAGUAAAAUUCAUAGAUUCGACGAGCUGAUCGACGAUGGAUACGAUUUGAUAAUAAAUUGUAGCGGUCUCGGUGCGCGCGAACUCGUUAGCGAUAACACGGUUACACCUAUCAGGGGGCAAGUUACCAGAGUGUCUGCUUCUUGGGCGAUGCACGCAUACUUGGAGGACGACGACGAUGGAAAUUAUAUAAUACCAAACUUUAAUAGUACGGUGAUUGGUGGUACGCACCAAGAAAAUGAUUUCGACUGUACACCACGAGAGGAAGACUUUAAAUUCAUUCACGAUGGAUGUUGUCGAAUUGUUCCUGCUCUACAGAAAUGUACAGUGAUAAAACAAUGGGUUGGUCUUCGACCAGGGAGACCGGAAGUCCGCCUGGAACCAGAAGUCUACAAAUCGUCGACAGGCAAAGAAAUCACGGUGUUACACAAUUAUGGACACGGAGGAAGCGGUGUAACUUUGUGUUGGGGUUGCGCUUUGGAUGUCGUGGAUAUAAUACGAAACUUGAAAGGAUUAAAAUCGCAUUUAGAUAGGCCGGUCAUGAACGUCGACGAACGGAAUGAGAAACAUAUUUUGAUGGUGGUGCGCGAAUUCGAAACUAGUGACACGAAGAAGAGCCAUCCUACGAUCGGCGAGAUUAGCAGCGAGUCUGAUUCCAGCAGCGAAGUGCGCUCUUGUAAAACUGUGUACAGAAAUCGAUGCAAGAAGAUCGUCAUAUCCGAUACAUCGUCCACCAUUCUUCCGUUCACCGAAUUUGCGAAAAAUAAUCGCGAAACCAGCACGAUCCAUAAGAAUCUUGCCGAUAGAAAAGAUGACAAGGACCUGUCGUUCGGAGAUACAGACGGGGAGUCGCGGAAAGACAUCGUUGAUGGAAUUUCGUCGAAAGCGAAGAGAAAGAGAAAGCGAAGAUGUUUGACGAUAUGCACGAGCAAUUGUAAAUACGAGGUUGUCAGACGAGUGGCGACUCGUUUCGGAAUGAAAGAGGUCACCGAAGAUAGCAGCUGGAACUUGUACUGGACCGACUUGAGCGUGAGCGUGGAACGAGCGAAAGACAUGAAGAGAUACCAAAAGGUGAAUCACUUCCCUGGAAUGACAGAGAUCUGUAGAAAGGAUCUGCUCGCUAGGAAUUUGAAUCGUAUGCUCAAGUUAUUCCCAAAGGACUAUAAUUUCUUUCCAAAAACCUGGUGUUUUCCAGCAGACCACGGUGAAGCGAUGGCGUACGCGAAGCUGAGACGAUCUAAAACCUUCAUCAUCAAACCAGACACAGGGUGUCAAGGUCGUGGGAUUUAUUUGACGAAAAAUCUGAAGGAGGUGAAACCAACCGAGCGUAUGAUCUGUCAAGUUUACGUGGCCAGGCCUUUUCUGGUGGACGGCUACAAAUUCGAUCUUCGUAUCUAUACGCUGAUUACCUCCUGCGAUCCUCUUAGGAUUUACGUGUACAACGAUGGCCUAGCCAGGUUCGCGACGAGCAGAUACAAAGAACCGACCGGUCACAACACAUCCAACGUGUUCAUGCAUUUGACCAACUAUGCUGUUAACAAGCACAGUCGAAUGUACGUGAUCGACGAUGAGAUUGGUAGCAAAAGGAAAAUAUCGACUCUGAACAAGUGGCUGAAACUGAAGGACGUAAACGUUGACGAUCUAUGGCGCAAAAUCGACGAGAUCAUAAUAAAAACGAUCCUAGCUGCGUACCCUAUCCUUAAGCACAGCUAUCACACGUGUUUCCCUACGCACGAUAAAACGUACGCGUGUUUCGAGUUGCUAGGCUUCGACGUGUUGCUCGAUUGGAAACUGAAGCCGUAUCUUUUAGAGGUUAAUCAUUCGCCGAGUUUUCACACGGAUGCGCAAAUCGACAAAGACAUAAAGGAGGGACUGUUGACGGACACCUUCGAGAUGUUGAACUUGAAUCAAUGCGACAAGAAAAAGAUCAUCGAGGAGGAUAGGAAACGCGUUAGGGACAGAUUGCUUCAAGGAAUAAAUUCCAAGGAUGGCAGUACGAACGAUUCGACGAUCGGCACGAUGAAAUCAGAUAAACCGGAAGAUGAUCAGCACCAAAAGCAAUUCAAAUGGGAAGACGAUCACAUGGGCAAUUUCCGUAGAAUCUAUCCGUGUUCCGACACUGAAAAGUAUCAACCGUUCUACAAGCAAACUGGCAUUUCCGUAUAUCAAGAUACGAUCGCGUCGAGGGCACGAGAAGAGGCAUCGAGAAUUCAAAAGGAAGAAAACGAGAUGAAAAUCAAAGAACAAGAGACUAAAAGGAUCAAUGGAAAAUGGAGCGAUUCGAAACUGCACGCGGAGAGUCCAGACGCCCCAAAGAAAUUGGCCAUUAUGAACGAUCAAGAAAGAAGUAAAUCCGCGUUACCGUCGAAAAGACAUACAACCCAGGCGAACGUGAGGAAGCAAACUCAUUCAUCCACGAAUACCUCGCGCUCCUUCGAGCCAGAGAUCAUCUGCGAAUCGGAGGAAAGGGAACGAGUCACCUCGUUGGCUCAACGUGACUUCUUGAUUAAGAGUUACGGGAUGUUGGAACAGAUUUACAUGGCGAUGAAGAAGAACGGGACAUUGCGUGCCGUUGACGAGAAGAAGUACGGAUUGUACGGGAGACUUGGUUACAUGGACAACGCGAACAAAAAUGUCAACUGUUGUAGACACAAGUGUCAACUUCACCAUCAUCCUGGGCUAGACGCGAAAUACGAACCGUGGUCGAAUCAUUCGUCGCAGUAUUGCCUGAAAGCAAAUUUCGAAGUAACGUGUAACGAGGCGCCUGUUUACGUUCGACCAAAGAUACCGCAGAAAUUUUGGCUCGAAGACUUGAAUUCGAAUGAUCGAAGCGGUCGAAUCACGAAAGCACACGUGGCUCGCACUUUGUCGAACAUUGUGCGUUUACAUACGCUCGAGAAACGUGAAGAACUUAAUUCGUUCAAAUCGUAGCGAAUAACGAAUACCCCUUUAUUGAAAGAAAAAAAAAAAAAAAAGAAAAAAAAAGAAAAACUAAUUUA